CACACAUACUGAACCUUUCUUCCAGGGUGGACUCAAGUAAGAAAAAGAAAUACUGAAAGUAUUAAUAGCAAAGACAAAAAUGGUUUCAACGGUGAUUCUGGUAACAACAAUAGUGAUGAUGAUAAAUAACAUUGUUAACGUAAACGCAAAAUCAAGUCUGUACACGGCAGCCGACAGAUGCUUGGCAAGUCAAAACAGAAUGUAUAGAGUUACUCUUCAAAUAUGCGAUAAAGGAUUCUGGAAGCCGGCAGUUACACUCCCUAAAGGUUCACCGAAAGGUGAAAGUUGUCUCGACAUUUUACAAAAAGGUUCACGCCAUGGAAGUGGAGAAUAUUUGAUUGCUCCAAAAGGACAGAGCGCAUUUAAAGUUUACUGUGAUAUGGACUCAUUUGGAGGUGGCUGGACCAUGUGUUAUAAAACUGACAAUUUUGUUAAUUUAAAGAAUGAAUUGAAAAGUACUCCACGUCUUGGAUACAGAGCUGAUUGUAAUCAUAUUCCAUUUAAUAGUGUGAUGUUUGUUGAUGAAAAAUCCACUGCCAAAGCAGCGUUUACCAGAGACGUAUCAACGAAGAUAACCAUUAACGACAGUUAUGACAAAAACGCAAAUGCGUUUGGACUUUGGACUGCUAAAGGUGUCGCUUCAUCGUCAUACAAAUAUCAAUUACUGGUUUGUAAUACAUCAUUUUACAAAGGUUUAAUGGUCUCUGGCUACACAGGCUCCUGUUAUAAGAGGUGCGACCAUUGGUGUGGCGACACCGUAUCGCCAUAUUUCCGUUCUGCAAGCUCAUCAAAAAUUGCAGGAGUAGCAUUUAAUGAAAAUGGUCAUAAACCAGUUGCAAAACGUUUGAUCAGUGUCGCAAUUCGUUGAAACUGUAUGACCAGUAACGUAUUAUUACAUAUAAUUCAUCACCAUUUAGAUAAUUGUAGUUGUUUAUGUUUUCUUACAGUCUUAAUAAAGAAAUUAAAGAGAUUUUUUAAUGCAAAACCUGGCACGGAAAUUUCAUCACAUUGCCAUUCAGGCUGACAGGCGCAUCUUUAUGAUGCUACUCAUAGGAAGCACGUCUCCCUAUUUUGCUAGUAUCAAAUAACAUAUAAUAGAAUAUGUUGUUACAUAUCUAACAUAAGAAAAUGAUAUUAAAAAUUUCAAUUUCUGAAA